GCUACCGGGUGACGUUUUGGUUAGCAGUCAAAGUUAGACUGAUCUCACAUUUACCACGGCCAACGUGAUGGGGAUGAAAAACUGCCUAACGGCUAGAUCGCAGCCUGUAAACGGGGCAUCGUCAUUGAGCGGGCGUGUUUCCCCUGGGGUCCUGCAGGGGUCGGGCCCUUUGCUAUUUAACACCUUUACCAAUGACCUGACGUCACUGGCCCUCAGGAUGGGGGCUGCCCCCCAGCUUUGGAAUGGUCUCCAGAAGGCUGUGUUGAGUGUGCUGGAUUGCCGGGGCGGGGGGUCCCACUCUUCUGCCAGACUCAGCCCCGCGGCUUCACUGCCUCCUGAGACUGGACCUCUGGGCCUGCAGCCCCCCCUGCGUCCUACUGUGAGUUUCGCUCAGCAAGUCCCCCAGACCUCUGAAGGAGACUUGGCCAGCAUGUGCAGUGGCGCUCGCCGUCAGAACAGUCAGGUUUUUUUGGAGGCAGGAGCAUCCCUCUCCACAGAUAUGGGGCCUAAGGCCCACGCAGCUGGGCUCCAUCCACACCUGUGUCUAAGCAGACAACCCGCUUCCACCCACUAGGCACCAAUGCAGCACAUGGGAGAAACUGAGGCACGGACAGGCCUCAUCAAAAAAAUUACAAAAUAUUCCCGCUUUGUCACACCUGGAAGAAAACACAAAACUAUGGCUGAUAAAGUUUGCAGAUGACCCAAAAAUUGGGGGUGUGAUAAAUAACCUGGGGGACAGGUCAGGGAUACAAAGUAAUUUGGAUUGGCUGGGUAAGCUGGGUGUAGGCAAACCCACUGGGGUUGUGGGAGCAGAGAGCGCCAGCCGCACAGACAGGCUGGGGGACGAACCUGGAAAAGGUUUGUGGGAAAUUCCGUAAUGUUUGGUGUGAAUAUUGUGGGUGCCUCAGUUUCCUUGUGUGCUGCGUGUUUGACUAGGUGGAGGGAAAAAGAUUGUUCCAUCUCUGCAGAGCCCCAGAGGACCAAGUGUGAUUGUCUGGCUGCCUGGGCCCCACGCCCAUGGAUUACCCCAAAGACAGCGCCUGGCCACAUGGUGCCUACCAUCCCAGAGUCACUCCUGACUAAUCAGGGGGUGCAUUGCUCCCUUUCAGGGGGUGUCUCCCCCAGGGGUCCCAUCUAGGGGGACUUCCUGUGGGGAGCUCGUGGCGGGAUGCAGGGGGGGCAUCCCCUGAUUAGUCACCCUCCCUGCCCUGCCUCUGAGCGUACAGCCCAGCAGGGGGCUCAGGACCUUCCGACUGGGAGGAAGUGAGUUACCUGGGGACAGGGCUUGACGCUUUGUCCCGAGGUGGGGAAACCGAGGCACAGCCAAUGAGGGCUGCCAGUGAGCUGGGCCAGGUUCCGCUCCCUACCGCAGCAGCUGACUUCCAGACCGAGCUGCGGAAGGAUCCCUCCUGAGAGAAGCUGAGGACCUUUGCUGGCCACGGCGUUGCUGGACCCCUUAGGGGAAGAUUCCUGUGUCAGAAAUGGGUUCCCCCGGGGAGAUGGGGGGCAGCUGGUGGUCCCCCAGAAGCACCGGCACAGGCUACUGUACCUGACCAGGGAUGGUCCUCUCUCAGGACACCAGGCAGAGGUUGCUGUAGAAUUUUUCCUGGCCCGGAGCCUUUGAUGCCGUCCGGCAGCACUGCAGGUCCUGCGACUCCUGCCAGAGGGUGGGGAAGGCCCGGGACAAGGGUUAAGCAGCCUUGAGGACCCUGCCCAUCGCAGAGGAACCUUUUCAGAUGGUGGCCAUGAACAUAGUGGGACCCCUCAGCAAGACCACCCAGUCAGGGAAGAAAUGCAUCUUGGUGGGGGUAGAUUUCACUACCCGCUACGUACAGGUGGUGGCCUUGUCCUCUAUUGAGGCAGACACCAUGGCGGACGUGCUGCUGACCAUUUUCAGCAGAGUGGGGUUCUCCAAGGAGAUCCUUACAGACCUGGGGUCCAAUUUCAUGUCAGCCCGCUCCAGGGCUCUGGGAGAAAUAUGGGGUCUGGCACACCUGGGCCUUAGUGUAUCCCCCUCAGUCCAACAGGCUGAUGGAGAGGUUUUUUGGGACCUUAAAGUUGAUGCUGAGCACUUGUAUGGACCAGCCCCUGGACAAGUAUCUACCCCACCUGCUGUGCGCGUACUGGGAAAUGCCCCAAGAAUCCACAGGGUUCUCCUCUUUUGAGUUGCUCUUCUGAAGGAGAGUGAGGGGACCCCUGGACUUGGUGAGGGAUGAAUGGGAGAGGAAAGCCGCUCCUGAUGGAGAAUUGGUGGUGGAGUAGGUGCUGGCUUCAGGGGUGAUCCAGCUGCCCACCAGCCCCUGGGCCUCUCCUGUGGGGCUGGUCCCCAAGAAAGAUGGGGUGGGGGGAGUUGAACCAAUUCGGUGUGGACUCUUGGAAGCUCAAUGCCGUCGCCAUGCCUGGGCCGGACAAGAUUCUAGACAAGUGGGGGGUGGGGGGAGGGUUAUCUCGCUGUUGUGGAUCUCACCAAAGGUUACUGGCACCUUUGCACGGAGAGGCAGGUUGAAAUCUGCCGUCACCACCCCAAUAGGAAGUGUUUAAUUUGUGCUCGGCCCCUCCGGGCUUGGCCGUUCCCGGCCCCGGCACCCCCGGGCUUGGCCGUAUCAGUUAUGAAAGUGAACAAGUGCUUGAGUCCUGGCACCUCUUUUGUUACAAACUCUGCAGGGCUUUUUGAGUUCCAGGUCCUGCCUUUCGGCCUCAAGGGGUAUCUGCCGCCUUCCAGCGCUGGGUGGAUCAUUACUGGGCUCUGAAGGAGGCUCUAAGCCAGGGCCCGGUUCUGGUAAACUCAGACUUCAAUAAGUCCGUCCUGGUGUCCCCGACGCCUCAGAUCCAGGGGUGAUGCUAAGGAGGAGACACCCCGUCGUGUACCUGAGCGAGAACCUGCUAGGCCUCAAGGGAGAAGGGAGACCUGGCCAUAGGGUGGGCUCUUAAAAAGCUUCAGCCGGAUCUAUUUGGGGGGCACUUUACUGUGUACACCAACCACUCGCCCCGACGGGCUGCACCAAAUGACGGGGGCUAAUGCCAAGGUGCUGAGACGAGUCUGAUCCUCCAGGAUCAUGAGUUGGAGGCGGGCCAUGUGAGUGGAUUGGCAGAUGCUUUGUCCCGGGGCGGGGAGGGGACUGAGCUUCCCCAGAUCAGCGGCCAAAAUGACCCCGCUCCCUUUGGUCUCGAAGGGGGCAGAGCGGUGACGAAGUGGGAAUCCUCGUAAUGGUUUGUGUGCAUGCUGCGUGUGCCUCGGUUUCCCUUGUGUGUUGCGUAUUUGACUAGGUGGGGGGAGAAGGUUUGAGCUCUGCAGAGGAUCAGGUGUGAUUGACCCCUGGCUGUCCGGGCCCCACCCCCAUGGAGAACCAGGAAGACGAGGCCUGGACAUUUGGUGGCUAGCAGCUAAGGAGCCAGGCGCUGGUUCCAGACAGUUAAACUGGCUGAGAUUCCCUCCAGACUAAGCUUGGGGUGCAUUACUCUCCAGGGGUCCCAUUCAGGUGGACUCGCUGGGGGAAGCUCCCAGCGUGCUGCAGGCUCCCCACACGGUGCGGUGCCCGAAACGGCUAACACAAUCCUGAGGUGUUGUAAGGUUCUUCGGAGGCUACAGGCCUACCCAGGGUGCUCUGCAAGAACGAGGCCACACACACUGUGAGCUAUUGGCUUUAAUGAAGGUAAAGUGACACACCCGCAACGGGGACUCCUGGCGUUGCUGUCACGGAGGCGGGGAACCCAGCGCACUGAAGCUCGGCCUGGUAUGGAGCCCAAAGGCGGGACCAGGACCAUGCAGCUACAUAUACAAAACCAGAAAACAACUCAAACAUAAGCAAAUAGGGUCUUUCCACAGGCCGUGUCCACCCCUUGGCCAGAGGCCAGGCAAAGCGAUUCUAACCAGCUGAAAGCGGAUUGUAACUGGCAUGCUGUGUCCUACAGUUACCGGCCGCCGAGAAAGUGGAAAUACGCUAGCUAGGCCGUAACACAAUCUUCCGCAGUUCCCUACGGGGACGCUGAGCCAGGAUGACACGUCACGGCAAGAACUGCACGGCUGGCGCUGUGUACACCUACCACGAGAAAAAGAAGGACACGGCCGCCUCCGGUUACGGGACCCAGAACGUCCGUCUGAGCCGAGAUGCCGUCAAGGACUUUGACUGCUGCUGCCUGUCCCUGCAGCCCUGCAAGGACCCGGUGGUCACGCCCGACGGGUACCUGUAUGAGAAGGAGGCCAUCCUGGAGUACAUCCUGCACCAGAAGAAGCAGAUCGCCCGGCAGAUGAAGGCCUACGAGAAGCAGAAGAAGGAGAAGCGGACGGAGCUGGAGGAGCUGAGCCGGGCGGCUGAGGAUGCCAAGGUGAAGGGCUUCCUGGCCAAGGAGAUGAGCAUCGUCAGCAAACCCCUCAAUCCCUUCGACCACAAGUCAGGGGACCCCCAGCCCGGCCCGAGCAGCACGGAGGAGGCCAAGCAGCUGCCCAGCUUCUGGAUCCCGUCACUGACCCCUGAGGCCAAGGCCAGCGUGGUGCGGAAGCCGGACCGGUGUGUAUACUGCCCCAUGAGCGGGCGACCCCUCAAGCUGCAGGACCUGACCCCCGUGCGCUUCACCCUGCUGGACCCAGCCGUGGAUCGCGUCGGGCUCAUCAACCGGCAGGACCGAUACGUCUGCGCCGUCACCCGCGACAUGCUGGGCAACUCGGUGCCCUGUGCCGUGCUGCGCCCCUCGGGCGCCGUGGUCACCCUGGAGUGUGUGGAGCGGCUGCUGAAGAAGGACAUGGUGGACCCGGUGAACGGGGAGAAGCUGCAGGAGGAGGACAUCAUCGUGCUGCAGCGGGGCGGCACAGGCUUCGCGGGAUCUGGGGUGUGUCUGGAAGCCAAGAAGUCCCGCCCUGUCAUGCAGGCCUAGCCCCGCCCCUUCGUUCCAGAGGCGGAGCUUGUGCCACGUGGUGGAGGGGGGGGUGUCAUUUUAACCCCCGAGACCCCAGCGCCACCACCUGCCCUCCUGAGCAGAGAAACUGAGGCAGGUGCUGGGUCAGUGCCAGCUGGGGGGGCCCCCUCUGCCUCCGCCCUGCUUGUCGUGUAUCUGUAAAUAAAGCCGUGUCCCCCUCA